CUCACAUCAGGCAGGGUAUACCAACAUAUCGCUGGCAGGCAGCAAUGGUGGCGUUGGAAAGCACCGACAUUCUCAAGCAGCUUGAGAUUAAUUUCGAUCUCGCGCUAAAUGAUCUAGAGUUUGCCAGUCACCAGCUGGACUCCAGGAUGAAGGAUGCGACGAGAGCCAACGUCUCCAUUCCCGACCUGCACACGCUCCACCACCGCAUCCGAGCGAUCAAGGCGGAGCUGCCUGGGCUUGCCAAAGAUGCCACGGAAGUACAGGCGGAGAGAGAGGAGACAGAGAUUGCCUUAAACACGGCUUUGAUCGAAAACUACAACGUCAUGGUGGGGCUCUACGCGCGCCUCGGCGUUGCACCAGAUCCCGAGUGGGUCGCGACGGCGACCGACGUUGAAAGUUUCUUGUCCGCGCCACGAGAUACCGGUGCCGUCCCCGAGAGCUUUUUUUUGGGUGGCGACGAGGGGGAGGGGGUGGGAUCCGCGGUUGAGGAGGACGCUUCUCAAGCUUCGACUGUGCUGCACUCGGGCAAUCCGGAGUUGUCGGCGAGCCGCUUGGAGGAGAGGGUCGUCGAGCAAUCGCCCUCGGUGAUUUUCGAGGAAGACUUUCUGGCGAUCCACGCUAACACCCGGGGGCGGUCCAAGCUGCAAGACGUACGCAAGGUGUACGCCAAGGUUCGCGAAGAUUUCGAGGCGAAAAAGAGUCGUGGCAGGCCCGGCUGCAAACCCGCCCCCAUCACCAAGAAAGAGCUGGAUGCUGCGGGUCUGAAGGUGUUCGGCCUGACGGGUGACUGCGUCCUCAACACUCUUCGGGCGAUGGGCUUGAUCACGGUGCACAAGGGCAGUGUUGCAAUGGCCUCAUAAUGACCCCGAAUGCAAGAUAGGAGCAGCCCACCCCGGGCAGGAAGGCAUUGGUCGGCCUCUCUGCUGCGGUAAAGUCAUGGGCGAGAGCUGCCAGGCGGAGGGCGCAACCAAGGACCCCAACCGGCCAGCCGAAGCAGAAAUUUCUUUGAACUUUCCGGAGAUCCAGCUGGCGUGCGAACUUCUUCCUGUAUACGUGCAAUACUUGUGAUGUGGACACAAUUGGUUUUGGGGUCGAAGUAAUCACGUCCACAUUCUACGGGUGAACCAAAAUUUGUUUUCGGAUCUAUGUAGAUAUUCGACUGGGCACGAUCCCCUGAAUCUCAGUGGUGGAGUAUUAAAGUAUGUUUCGACUAUUACAGUGUAUAGACCCUGGACUCUUUCUCCAAUUUCACUACCUGGUGAGGGAUUCGCCUCCUCCGCCGCUCGCUGUGUUUUUUCCCGCGUACGUUGAAUUGCCCGGCAACAUACGACGCCAAAUGCUCGUCGCCGAGAAGGCACUGUAGUGGAGACUUCUCGUAGGUAUAUGUUGUUUCGUUACAUGAAGGGUAUUACGAAGUAAAAAUGGUGGUUGUGGUGCACGUAGUACGUGUUGGGAACAUCAACUAGGUGAAGCGCGUAUUGUUACAGCAGUGUAGUCGGAAGGGAAUCAAGCACUGUUUGCUGUCGUCGUAACGUUUGGUACUCGACACCAUCUUCAAACGACGAGCUACUCUAAAUAUU